AUGGCUCCACCAAAGAAAACCGUCAAGAAGAUGGAUCUUACGUCAUUUUUGAAUGAUGACACUUUUGGUUCAUCUUGGGCUGAAGAAGAUGUUGAUUUGAACAAGAUCACCAUUCCUAUCGAAACGGCCAACGCAAAUACCAUUCCGUUAUCCGAGUUGGCUCACGCUAAAAAUAACAGCAACAACAUGCACUCCGGCGGUUUUGGUGGCAGUUUCGGUGGCAGUUUCGGUGGCAGUGGUGGUAGAUCCAGACUAGACCCUGCCUUGGGUGGGGGUGUUUCCGACAGAAGAGAGGAAUAUCCUGUUCCAGAUGCUCCACCAUACAGAGCUGUCAUCAACAACAUUCCAUGGGACAUUUCCCCAGAGGGUGUUCAAGCGUGGGUUGAAGACGGUUUAGUCAAGCCUGAAGCCGUUGAAGAAGUUGUUUUACCAAAGAAUCUAAGAGACCCAACCAGAUUAAAGGGUAAUGCCUUUAUUACUUUGAAAGAAAAGGAAGAUUUGGUUGCCGUUUUGAAAUUUAAUGGUACCAAAUUGAACGAAAGAACUGUUUACGUCUCUGUUGCCGCUCCAAGAAGAAUGGGUGGUGAUGAUGUCGACUGGAGUAGUGCAAGGGGCUCUAACUUCCAAGGUGACGGUAGAGAAGAUGGACCUGAUCUAGAUUGGGGUGCCGCCAGAGGUUCCAACUUCAGAGGUCCAAGAAGAGAAAGAGAAGAAGUUGAUAUUGACUGGACCGCUGCAAGAGGCUCCAAUUUCCAAAACUCCUCAAGACCGCCAAGAAGAGAAAGAGAAGAAGUUGACAUCGACUGGACCGCUGCAAGAGGAUCCAAUUUCCAAAACUCUUCAAGACCACCAAGAAGAGAAAGAGAAGAACCAGACAUCGACUGGAGUGCUGCUAGAGGUUCCAACUUCCAAAGCUCUUCAAGACCACCAAGAAGAGAAAGAGAAGAACCAGAUAUCGACUGGAGUGCUGCUAGAGGCUCCAACUUCCAAAACUCUUCAAGGCCUCCAAGAAGAGAGAGAGAAAGAGAAGAACCUUCUUUGGACUGGGGUGCCGCUAGAGGUUCUCAGUUUGGCAAGACUCAGCAAGCCAAGAGCUCCCACAAGGAUAAAGCAGCAUCCAACAAGAAGCCUACCGAAGAACAACCAAAAAUUCAAAAAUCUGCCUAUGAUGUUUUACGUACCGAAGAUGAUGAUGAAGAUGAAGACGUUGCUGAAAAGAAAAAUGAAGACGUAAAGGAAAGUAAAACCGAUGCUGGAGUUGAAGAUUUACAAGAAAAAACCGCUCAAUUGACUGUUGAAGAUGGCGACGAUUGGGAAGUUGUUGGUAAGAAAUAA